UCGACCGCCAUUUUCAAUAGGUCGUAAGGGAGAACGUAGAAAAACGUGAACAAUUACGAUUCUCAGAGAGAGUAGAAACAGCUGUCUGUACCAAUGAAGCGUGCGUGCUCUCCAAACUCGAUAACGCCGCUAGAUUACUCCAUCGUGACCACAGAAGGUUUGGAAAGACCCGAUGUCGUCAAUGAUGCACAAAGUUACAUCUUGGGAGGCGUUCUGGGAGCUGGAAAGUUUGCGUGGCUCGCUCGUGGUGCUACUUUGGAAGUCAUAAAUACCAUAAAUGGUGAGAGACAAGCGUGCUGUCGGUUUGGUUGGAGCCCACAACGGCAGCGCUUUCUGUCCAUUUCUUCAGUCAACGAACUUCAUAUCGAAGACGGUACAAAGCUUUUGGUAGGGCUAAAGGACUUAUCAAGUGGCGGUGCGGGAGUUUUGGUCAUUUUUGAUCCUUUGCUGUCGCGGGUGAUCAAAGCUAUUGAGGUUCCGUACCCUGUCACCGUAGUUGAAAGCGUUACCAGCUCUGGGGGAGCUCAAGCAGCUCCACAUGCUCUCAGUCCCCAGUUGAGGCUGCUGUUUGGUAUUGCAGCUGUUGGUACUGAACAAGGGCACUGUUAUUUAGUGGAUCUUCGCCUUGAUGACGAAGAUGAACAGUUUGAUGAGUGGCGCACAAGCCCUAUUGAAGUAGUUGAUCCUUUAGCAUGUGACUUGGCUCAACUCAGAAAUACUGCCAGGACCAAUGAAAGCCAUUUAGGAAUUGAAGUGGGAGGUUGUUGCCACACCUUUGGAAGAUUUUCAUAUGUGAGUUGUGACUUUACUGAGUUAAAAAGCUUGUUUUCAGGUGAUGUGUUUGUGACAGCAGUCAAGUAUGUAAGACAAACAAGCACCUUGGUUGUGGGAUUCAACUUUGGGUGCUUUCAAAUGUGGAAUAUGGAAACUCUAUCACAUGUUUACAGUAGCCAGGUUGGGCAGUAUUAUUCAGCUGUCACACACUUCAUGUACCAGGAGCCAGAAAAUGAUCCACGUUAUUGCUGUUACUUAUGGGUAGCUCGUGGUCCACUUGUAUUAGAAAACUGUCCAGAGACUCCAGCAACACUGACUUUAUAUCAAUUGGUUUUUGCCUCAAGAGAUAUACUGACAGGUUAUGGGGUGAUCUACAAGGAACUUGGUGGUGUUGGUCGGAGAUUUGAACAUCAGCUUACUUCUGAUGUUCAUCAUCUUGCUGAUGCUACAUCAGUGGGAAGUAAAAUUGUGUGCUGUUACACUUUAGAAAAAGGUUCUAGUGCAUUGGACAGUCUGAGGGUGGAUGAGAGUGCAGGUGCUGAGAUGGAACAUUUUAGGGAUCUUACUCUGGCUGUAUGUGUUUGGGAAGCUCCUGCACAGGAUCCACAAUCCAGGCCCACAUGUCAUUUGGGGAUCUUUGAUAUUAAUUGUUGGUACCAUUCACAAAUGCCCCCGUCCAUUAGAGAUGCUAUGUUUGGUAGUAAGGAUCCAACAUGUCCAUUUUUUGCUUUCUUUUCGCUGGCUGACAUCUUAGAUGCUGCAUCACCGGAUGGUAUUGUGGAUGUGUUUGUAAAUGCUAAGUCCAUGGGCAGCUUUUUAUCAACUGCAGGGUCAACACUUGAGGAGCACAUGUGGCCAGCAUCUCUAAAAUUUGACACUUGUUGUUUGUUGGAGACAGGACUUGUGCACUCCAAAUUCCUGGGAGUUCAACGUCAGAUUCUUGCUAACAUAAGCAAGCAGGGAUUCAGUUGCCUCUCUGAUGCUCAUGAGUACUUCAAUACAUGCUAUGUUGCUGGUCUUCUCCCAAGAAAUUUUGACCUUUCCAAGCCACAGGACAGGACUUUUCACUACGAGGCUCUUCUUUCAGUUGCCUUAGAGCAUGGCUUGGUGACUUUCAUCACAUUAUGCAUUCAGAAACUGGGGACAGGAAAUGUGACUCAUGCAGGCUGCAGUUUGAAGUUGAUACUGGAUUGGGCAUGGGACCGUGUUGUGGACAUAAAGGACCAGUUAGAUCAGCUUUGUGUUCCACUGUUUGAUGGAGGAGGUGGCACACCUGAUGAGCAGAUGCUUUUAAUGUUAGACAAUCAGAAGGUACAGCUGGCCCAUUUAACAACUGUAUUCCAGGCUCUGAUAACCAAGUCAGCUCCAACUACCUAUCAGGGUUUGAAGGACUUGGAAGCAAGAUACAGUGUUGUUGGAACUCUUGCACUGUAUCUUAAAGUUGUCCUUUGGCUCAUUGGACAAGGCUUAUUACCUGAACAAUCAGAGGGUUCAAUUACAGGAAGUAAAAGAGGACACUGUUACCCUGCUGUGCCUCUUUCUAGUGCAUGUGAAAGCAGACGUAAAGACUUGGAAAACCUUUGUAGUAGUCACCCUGGCUCAGUCGGCUUGAUGGUAGACAAAGUCAUUAACCAACUUGGCUGUCAAGGAGUGAGCCAGUGGAUAUCUAAGGGAGGUAGCCAGCAGUACCCACCUAGCAGUUUACAUAGUCUGUGCAGUCUUUACCUUCUUGAAAAGGUGCAUCCUAAAUGGAAACAUGCCAUUGUAUUCUAUCUGUUGCUUGACUUAUGUUUUCUGGAUACUGAACUGCAAAGUAACGAGGUGGCCACCAAAUUUGCCAAAGCAUUCAGCAUGUCAGAGGAUUUGAUCAAACUCAUUCAAGGAUUUUGGCUUCUUGAUCACCAAGACUUUGAGGCUGCAGUGACAACCUUACUUGAUCCAGUAAUAGUAACUGAACUUGGUCCCUGGCAGAGAAGUUUUAUUAUCAGGACUCUACUUGCACAAGGGGAGCCUCAAAAAGCAUUGCACUACAUGAAGGUCACAUUUCCCACUAUUCAGGAGUUCAGUGACGUCAUGUUAUAUAUCACUGCAUUAUUGACCAAUGGAAAAGUAAUAGAGGCAUAUCACUUUCAGAAAUGUCAUCAAAAUGCGAGAAGGUGCAAAGAGUUGCUCUAUCAUUUCUUCAGUAGCUGUCAGCAGACUCAAAACAUGACCAGACUUCUACAGCUCCCUCUAGAGUUUACCGAGGAGGAUUUCUUGGCAAAUUUUCUUCAAGAAGAAACAUUUCCACAUUCCAAGGAACUGCUCGUGAUGUACUACUUUCAAAAAGGACGUUAUGUGGAAGGAAUCAGGCUAAAUGAACUCCUCAAAAAGGAUAAAUUGGUUGAGCAAGAUGAGAGAGCUAAAGUGAGAAAUGCCCUGGCUGACGCUUAUUUGAGAUGUUUACCAAGAGUACAACGCAAACUUACCUUUGGACCUGAAAAGACAUUGUCUCAACAACAUGUGACCUUGACUGAAAUUCCACGACCCAAACCUCUGUCGACUGUUGUACACAAAGUAGACAAAGGCAAUCCAAUCUCUCGUGCUGUAAUUUUGAGCUCAGCUAUGAACAAACUGCAGGAAUUAAGAUCAGCAGAACAGCUUGCAUCCCAGAAAGAAGCAGAACCUUUCAUCUGUACUUCAGUGACUCCAAGAACAAAAAGCAGCUUCAGUGAUUCAAAUAAGGUGGGGGUUCUUUACGCGUCAGAAAAUAAACAACCUAUGGAGGAUACAUUGGCAAGUAACAAGUCUGAGAAUGGAAACUAUUUAAAACAAGUAUCCUCACCAACAUUUCUGGAUAAGAGAAGUCGGCGGCAGUUUUUCUCUGGUGCUGAAGCUCUUUCGUUGUUGGCCACUCCUCCAGUCGUGAAAUUAAACCCGACGUCAGCAAGAUCAUCUUUGGGAAAACCGGAAGGAGUUAGUAUUGCUACCCCACAGUCUAUUUUAAAGAUAACAAGAGUAUUGCGUCGCCCCUCCCCUCAACCCUCCCCCACAUCCUCUCCUCCAACAACCAGGCGUGGCUCCUCUGAUCCACUGCUAUCAAAGUCUGUCGAAACUCAAGCUAUUGACGGUGUCAUUCAGAAUGACGAUUUAACAACUCCAAACAGACGUAUAAGAUUUGCCAGUGAAAAUGCUUCAUCUCCUUCCACAAGUCCUCUGAAGCAUGUUUCAACAUCUUUUCCCUUAAACAAAGAAACAGUAGACUCGUCUCAAAGUAAUGUUAUUGGCAUGACACAUGAUGAGGAUAUUGCUGUGGAUGAUUUGUCCCAGAACUUUACACCACUCCAGCCAUCUGACCCACAGUCAAAAACACAAGAUGAAGUAGAAAUAGAAAUUGAGGGAAGCGAAGCACAAGGAGAAACUGAGCUUCAGAUAACUGCGGCUGUAAUGGAAUUCACUGGAGACAGUGACACUGAGGAAACAGAAACUCAUGAUGAGGACUAUAGCAGUUACGAGCUGGAUGACAGUGAUGCAGUACUUGAGAGUGAAAGUGGAAGUGCAGAGCGUGGUUCUUCUGCAGUCCACUAUGCGAAAGUAACAUCUGUUACGGUGAAGGAAACAGCAGAUUCUCCUCCCCUACUUGGUUCUGACAAUGACCGGCACUCUCCUCCAAAAAAAAUGACACUAACUCCUCCAGAGACCCAUGUAGUACCCGUGAGUCCCAUACAAGAAAUACAGGGCAACCGUACAGUGCCCUCCACCAGUUCCAACUCAUCACCACAGCCACCUGAAGCCCUAGAGGAACAGUUACUUUUUACUUCGCACCAAGAAGAAACAGCAAUUUACCAAACACCAGUGGAAGCUAGUGAAUUAUCAUACACUUUUUCUCCUCCUGCUCUUAUUCAAACAUUGGGAACACAAGGAGAAUCAGAUGCCACGUUAGCUCAGACACCUGCAAAACCCUCACUGGAGUACAUAUUUUCACCACCACUGACACGCUCUAUGGCGAAACGCAGGUCUUUUGGAAUGAACCCGUCAGACUUAUCUGACUUAUCUGGAGGAAGAGAAGUGUCUGGACAAUAUACACCUUACCAGUCUCCAUCCAAUAGUCCGAUCUCUUUUGUCUCACCCGUAACCCAGCCAAGUUCUUUGCCACGCAGCUCUCGCAAAAAAAUUGUACGUUUGCCAAUGCAUUCCAUGACUCUGCGAUCAAGAAAGUGUCCCGGAAGACCAACACGAGCUGCAAAACUACCUCACACUAAUUUGUAAUUGGCUCAUGCAGUGCUGAUGAUAGAAAGUACAUUUUAGGAGACACUUUUCGUGUUCCAGCUCCCAUUUGCAAGUCAAUACUGUAGAGUGCAUUAACUAACCUGCCCCGUUAUGACUUUGUUGAGAGUUUUUGUUUGUCAAUGCAAAGAUGUGUUUGACGUUUUAGUAGGGUAAUAUGAUAUUUUGCAAUAAAUAUACCGUAUUUGAAAAUAA